CUUCUUUUCCCGUGACCGGCAGCGGCAGCGGCGGCGUUGGCAGCGUUAGGCGGCGACGGCGGCGCCUCUUCCUAAUUCCGGCUUCUCCUAGUGCAGGUUAAAGAAAGUCAAGCCGUGAUGGAUAUCUAUGACCCCCAGACCUUGGGAGUUAUGGUGUUUGGUGGAUUCAUGGUCAUUUCAGCCAUUGGAAUCUUCUUGGUAUCUACAUUCUCCAUGAAGGAGACAUCCUAUGAAGAAGCCCUAGCCAAUCAGCGUAAGGAAAUGGCAAAAAAUCACCAUCAGAAAGUGGAAAAGAAAAAGAAGGAGAAACCUGUGGAGAAGAAGGGACGGGCAAAGAAAAAGGAAGAGAAACCCAAUGGGAAAAUACCUGAACCAGAAUUGUUUCCCAAUGUAACUGUCAUCUCCAAAGACCCCAUUCCUGAGAGAGGUGUGGUGGUGGCUCCUAUUGUGCUAGAACCUGUCAAGUCUUCAAAAUCUCAAUCGGCAUUAGCAACAGUACCACCACCAAAAGCAACAGUGGGGCAACCAACCAAAGGAGUAGCACCCUCACCACCACCAUCAACAAAAGGAGCAUCAUCUCCAACAAAAGGAGCUGCAGCAGCCCAGCCAAACAAAGGAGCAGCAGCAGCAAUACCACCAUCAACAAAAGGAGCAGCAGCAGCACAGCCAGCUAAAGGAGCAGCAGCAGUGCAACCAAACAAAGGAGCAGCAGCAGUGCAACCAAACAAAGGAGCAGCAGCAGCACAGUCAGCUAAAGGAGGAGGAGCAGCAGCACAGUCAGCUAAAGGAGGAACAACAGCAGCACAGCCAGCUAAAGGAGGAGCUGCAGCAGCACAGCCAGCUAAAGGAGGAGCUGCAGCAGCACAGCCAGCUAAAGGAGGAGCUGCAGCAGCACAACCAACUAAAGGAGGAGCAGCAGCAGCACAACCAACUAAAGGAGGAGCAGCAGCAGCACAACCAACUAAAGGAGGAGCAGCAGCAGCACAACCAACUAAAGGAGGAGCAGCAGCAGCACAACCAACUAAAGGAGGAGCAGCAGCAGCACAACCAACUAAAGGAGGAGCAGCAGCAGCACAACCAACUAAAGGAGGAGCAGCAGCAGCACAACCAACUAAAGGAGGAGCAGCAGUGCAGCCAACAAAAGGAGGAGCAGUAGCAGUGCAACCAAACAAAGGAGCACAACCAUCAAAAGGAGCAGCAGCACAACCAACCAAAGGAGCAGCAGCACAACCAACCAAAGCAGUGCCACCACAAACAAAAGGAGCAGCAGUAUCACCAGGAAAAUCUGUAGCUGUGGCGGUGGCCCCAUCUUCCUCAGUAGAACAUGAGGCAACAGCAACACCAUUAGGGAAGCGAGCAGCAAAGGCAGCUCGGGCAGCAGCAGCCCAGGCUGCAGCAGCCACCCAGGCAGCUGCAGUUCAGGCAGUACCAGUAGCGUCAGCAUCUUCAGUGGGGCAAGGGGCACCCGCGCCAUUGGGAAAGCGGGCAGCAAAGGCAGCUCGGGCAGCAGCGGCAGCAGGAGCAGCAGCAGAGGCAGCAGUGCAGGCAGUACCAGUGUCACCAGGAGAGCAAGGAGCAGCAGUAUCAGCACCAUUAGGGAAACGGGCAGCAAAGGCAGCUCGGGCAGCAGCGGCGGCGGCAGCGGCAGCGGUAGCUGCUGCAGAGACAGCAGUUCAGGCAGUACCAGUAGUGCCAGAAUCACUAGUGGGACAAGAGGCAGGGGUAUCAGCACCACUGGGGAAGCGGGCAGCGAAGGCUGCUCGGGCGGCAGCGGCAGCGGCAGCAGCAGCCCAGGCAGCAGCAGCAGAAGCAGCAGUGCAGCUAGUACCAGCCUCACCAGUAGGGCAAGGAGCAGCAGCACCAGUGGCAUCUGGAGGACGGGCUGCAGCAAGGGCAGCUCGGGCAGCUGCAGCAGCACAUGUAGCAGCGAAAACAGCUUCUGCCCAGGCAGUACCAGUGGUGCCAACAUCACCAGUAGGGCAAGGGACUCCACCAGCACCAGCCUCAGGGGCUCGGGCAGCAUCGAAGGCAGCUCGAGCAGCAGCAGCAGCAACGCAAGCAGUGCCAGUAGCGCCAGUAGCAGCUGUGGUAGCAAGUACCCCUGCAUCCCUGCAAGGGCAACCUGCUUCAUCCCCUAAGGAAAAGAGGAAGAAGGAGAAGAAGGUGGCAAAGGUGGAGCCAGCACCCAACCCUGUUGUGAGUUCCAUACAUGUCCUUUCCUCCAAGUCCUCAGUGCUUGAAGCUGCUCCCAAAGAGGUCCCCGUGGUUGCUGUUCCUCCUGUUGGCACAAAGACUAGCACCCCUACUACCAACUUAGCCCAUGGCAAAAAGACAGAAGUAAUUGUCAACCAUGAGGAGCCAAAGAAUGAAGCCCCAUCAAAGAAGAAAUCUUCCAAGAAAAAGAGUGAGCCAACUCCAGCAGAUUCUGAUGGCCCCCUCUAUCUACCCUAUAAAACUCUGGUGUCUACCCUCCGAAGUACAGUUUUCAAUGAAGGAGAAGCCCAUUGUCUCAUCGAAAUCUUAUCAGAGAAGGCUGGCAUUAUCCAGGAUACCUGGCAUAAGGCUACUCAAAAAGGCGAUCCGGUAGCAGUUUUGAAGCGACAGCUAGAAGAAAAGGAAAAGCUACUGGCUACCGAACAACAGGAUGCUGCUGCUGCCAAAAACAGACUGAGAGAACUUAAUAAGGAGCUUGCAUCCGAGAAGUCAAAGGCAGCUGCUGGGGAAGCCAACGUGAAAAAACAGCUCUUGGCCAGGGAGCAAGAGAUUGUGGCUGUACAAGCCCGUAUGAAAGCUAGUUACCGGGACCACAUGAAUGAAGUGCAACAGCUACAGGGGAAGAUUCGAAGUCUUCAGGAACAAUUGGAGAAUGGACCAAAUACACAGUUGGCUCGUUUACAGCAAGAGAACUCAAUUCUGAGGGAUGCUUUGAACCAAGCAACCAGUCAGACUGAGAGCAAGCAGAAUGCCGAGCUGGCCAAGCUCAGGCAAGAGUGCUGUAAGCUCACAAAAGAAGUGGCUGAAAAAUCUGAGGCUGUGCACCAGGAGGAAGAGCAAAAGAAGAGCCUGGAGGUCAAAACUGCAGCCUUGGAGAAACAGGUCCACCAGCUUCAGGUUUCUCAAAAAGAAAAAGAAGACACUCUCCAGAAGAGACUGGAUGAAGUGAGCGGAGAGCUUCGCAAGUCCCAGUCCAGUUACAAAAAUCUUUUGGCAGACUUAGAAAAAGCAAAGGGAGAUCAGCAGAACAUUACUGAAUUGCGUAGCAAAUUACAGUCCUCUGAAACAGAGGUGAAAAGCAAGUCUGAAGAGUUGAAUAAACUCAAAGGAAAGCUGUUGGAGUCUAGUACAGAGAAUGCAAAGCUCACAGAAAGAAUUAAAUCCAUCGAGACUCUGUUGGACGCUGGCCAGGCUAAGGAAGCCAAAGAUGCCCAGGCUAGCCAAGCAGAGGUGGACCAGUUGCAAGCAAGGCUUAAAGAGCGUGAGGUCCAGGUAGCAUCCUUGGAAAAGGAAGCCACGGAAUUGAAGGAAGCUGUUGAGCAGCAAAAACUAAGAAACAAUGACCUUCGAGAAAAAAACUGGAGAGCAAUGGAAGCUUUGGCUUCUGCUGAAAAAGGAUGUGAGGAGAAACUGAAUUCUUUAACCAAAGCAAAGGAAGAAGUAGAGAAACAGUAUAGCAUCUCUCAGAGAAAAACAAAAGAAACUCUUCUCUCCCUCUUCCCUGACAUCUCAAUAGCCACCCAACAGAGUUAUGAUGAGUGGCUCCAGGAAUUCAAAGAGAAGAGCACAGAAGCUGGGAAGCAGAAAGCACCGGCUGGAGUGUCUUUGGAUUUAGCCUCUAAGUUAAAAGAGGCUGAGGAAGCCCAAAAUACUUUACAGUCCGAAUGUGACCAGUACCGAACCAUCCUUGCAGAAACGGAAGGCAUGUUGAAAGACCUUCAGAAGAGUGUGGAGGAGGAAGAGCAGGUAUGGAAAGCCAAGCUCACAGUAUCAGAAGAAGAACUACAGAAGUCACAAAUCAAAGUGAAACAUCUUGAAGAAUCCAUGGAGAAGUUAAAAGGAGACCUACAGAAUACAGCUCAGGUCAAAGAACAUGCAGCUCUCUUAGAGGCACGGCUGGAAGAACACAUGUCGGCAUCCACUGCAGAAUGUCAGAAAUAUGCAAAAGAGGUAGAGUUGUUGAGGGAUCUUUUAACAGAAGCCCGAGAGCAAAUGGAUGCAACUAACAGUGAAGCACAGAAGCAGAGCAAGGAACUUGCGCUGGUCAGGAAGCAGUUGAGCGAAAUGAAGAACCAUGUACAGGAUGGUGAAGUUGUUGGGUCGCAGGCUGACCUAACUGAGCAGGAACCUCUCGAGCUGAAAACACAGCUAGAGCAGACAGAAAUGCUCCUAGAGAAGGAACAGAUCCAGCGGCAGAAGCUUACAGCGGAAUUUGAAGAGUAUGGUGGCAGUGCUGUGCUGCUAAGCCCAGAGGACUCAGAGGAGCAGGCCUAUAAGUAUUGGAGGGAGCUGGGAUAUCAUGCGGGGACCUACUCUACUGACAGGUACCUCCAAGUAAGAAAAUUUUCUUUUGUGAUUCUACAUAAAAGAUUAUUCUGAGAAACAUUCCACAGCCUUCACCAGAUGACCAGAGGGAUUCAUGACACCACAAAAGUAAAGAACCCAAGUAGUUCUGUGGAGUCCUGUGACUGUUGGCUCUCCUUUUUGUAAUAAGCCUUUCUGAUUCUAGGGCAACAAGCUCAUAAUGUACCCCACACUGAAAUGGAAACCCUCCUAGCUUAAGUAGGACCUGCUGAAUCAUGGCUUUGAGGUCACAGAAACAUGUCUAUGCCAGGAGGACAUAGCAGAGUUGGAGUUCAGUCAAGUGACCUGCAUGUGAAUCUCAAACCAUAAUAGCCUAACAAGUUGCUGUUCCAUGAAAUUUGCAACAGCUUUUUCUCCCCCUUGUUUGUCCUCUCCUUUAACUCUUUGGCCAUCUUCUCACCCCAUCAUUGCUUUAAACGCUAGGCCAAAGGAUUAGAAUCCACUUGGAGCUAAUGCUCACAGGAUCCCUGCAAAAUGAGCCCAGUAGGAUUGGGGAAGGUCUAUUUGAUUUAAGGGCCCUCUUGGUUUCCCUGGAUCCUUCGAGACAACUUAAGUCCCAUCCUCUCUAUGAGUCUUUCCUGGUCCCUGCCAGCUGCCAGCGCCUUUCUCUUUUGGAUUGCCUUCAUUUAUUCUGUCUAGUAUGUACCUUGAUAGUUACACAUUGUCUCCCCCAUUGCAGUGUACACUUCUUAAUAAAUGCUUUUCACCAACUAGAUGAAUAUUACAGGCAAAGGAGAGUAAUUAUGCAUACUGCUUAAUUUAGUGCUGUACACACAUUCUCCUUUUCAAGUCUGAAACACUGAAACAUCUGUUAAUAGGAGCUCAGUAAUUACCUUUUUUCAUCUGGUGCUCCACAAAUACUCUGUUAUGGGCAACAAGACUCUAUUUGGAGUUCUACCUCUGCCAUUUAUUGGGCAGUGAUGACCUUAACUGUCAAUCUCCUAAUCUCAGUGUAUUGAAGUUUCCUUGUCUCUAAAAUGAGGAUAAGAGUAUUUCUAAUGUCUGCCUGCCUCGGUUGUUACAAAGAAAGCCCUCGGUCAAUGUUCCAUAAAUCUGAAUUGUCCUCAUUGUCAUAACGACUAGGUAAUGAUUAAUUGUUGGCAUCAGAAUUUGAUGCUUAUGCUCUUAAUACUGUCUUGCAUUCCCUCGUCUUAUUUCUGAUUUUGACUAUUUGGGUGCUCUAGAUAGAGUAUUUAACCGGGUCCUAUCUUCUGCUUCCCUGAAACUCUCUUUA